CCUGGCACACCAGGAACUCCGGGUACACCUGGAACGCCGGGAAUACCAGGAUCCAGUGGUGCUGUGGGACCACCAGGAUGUCCCGGUCGCGACGGAAAGGAUGGAAAACGAGGAAAGCCAGCGUUGCCCCGGAGAUGGAAGCAAUGCACCUGGACAUUUGACCAAUCAAAAGAUAGUCGGGACAAUGGACAAGUGCAUGUAAGGUUUACAGAAUUUUCAUCACACUGAUACUAUAUCAUAAAAGGGAUCUUAGACUCAUCUUUCAUUCCCAGGUGAUGGUUGGCAAGUGAUAUCACUACUUUCAUGUUGGUUGAUAAGAACUAAUUAAAAGCGAUUCCUUAAGCUGGGAACUCAUUAAAGCUUUUUUUUCAUGCAAAUCUGUUAGAGCAAAUUAAGCUUCGAAUUUCCUGUUCUCGUAAGAAUUCUCUAUUGUUUGUAAGCUAACCAGACGAUGCGACAGCUUUACGUGCAUGCUGGGAAUUGAUCGACUCUAAAUAGAAAAGCCCUGUUUACCAAACUGGUGGCAAUGUUACCUUCUUUCAUGUUAAUGUUUAUAAGCCCUCUUACCUCAUCUGCAUCUGCAGAAUGCACUUUUACUUGAAACGAGAAAUAGACAGCUAGUUAUCACAUGAAGACAACAUGCCUACUAAAUUUGCUAUUAUUUCAUGAAAUAAGGUGUAAAGCAAUGCAAUAUAUAUAUAAAUAUAGCUCCAAUAACAGCAGAAAUUUAAUUCCUCAGUUACUUUUUGCAAAAAAUCGCCGCGGAAAGUAGAACGAAAUCUAGAUGAAAAUCACCUUCAACUUUCGUUAAACAAAGCACAAUUUUGAAGAAAUUUCGAGUUACCGGAAAUUUGGCCGAAGCGAAAUUCGCUGAUGAAGGGCAGACAACCUGUGCCACAAUGUAUGAUCUCAUCAGGAAUUGCACGAACGACGAGCAAAUUUACGAACAAAAAUAGUAGUCGCCUAACGCCAGUAGAAUUAACUAAAUACUGUGUUCAUUAAUAUCGUUCAAAUUGUAGGUGUGCGAGUUUGAAAAGAAGGAAAAUAAUACCUACCUACACGUAGUUUACGUGGGGAAUCUUCGCAUUCAGGGCUGCAGCAAAUGUUGCAAGAGAUGGUUCUUCACGUUCAGCAGUAACGAAUGUACCAAUCCAGCCGCCAUUGAUGGAGUCGUGUACCAAGGCAGCAACAUUAACAUCCAUAGAUCCGCCAACAUCGAGGGCUUUUGUGGUGGAUUGAAUUCAGGAAGAGUCUUAGUUGGUUUCAGCGUCGGAAACUGCUAUCAAUAUGGAAACGCAGACGCCUUCACCAGCUGGAAUUCAGUUAGCAGGAUCAUCAUUGAAGAAGUGGAACCAGCUAUUGCAUGA